AUGUUAACAAGGCGGAUAGGCGCUGCCUCUUAUAAUCUCCACAGAGCAGCCUCAACAUUCAGUGGAUUAACAUCUGAACAGUUUAUGAAAAAAGCGACAAAUGAGCCAAUUUUGGAAUACAAGAAAGGGAGCAAGGAGAGGCAAGAGUUGGAAAAGGAAUUGGAGAUGUUGAGUAAGACACCCACAGAUGUUCCACUUAGGAUCGGCACUAAGAAAAUCCACAAUGAACUUCUACGUGAUCAAGUUAUGCCCUCCGAUCAUCACACUUCCAUAGCAAAGUAUUCAUACGCGACUGCCGGUCAAAUACUUGAGGCGAUUGAGGUUGCCCUCGAAGCACGGAUACCAUGGGAGAGGAAACCAUUGAAAGAACGAGCGGACAUCCUACUCCAUGCAGCCGAUUUGGCUGGGGGUAAAUAUCGCAUGAAGCUGAACGCGGCUACCAUGCUUGGGCAAGGGAAAAGCAUUAUUCAGGCUGAAAUCGAUUCCGCAUGCGAGUUGAUAGAUUUCUUCCGUUUCAACGCAAAGUUCGCCUUAGACUUGGAAAACUACGAUCCAAUUAGCACAAAGAUCAGCACCAAUAAGAUGCUUUACCGAGGCAUGGAGGGUUUCGUUGCUGCGAUUUCUCCAUUCAACUUCACUGCGAUUGGUGGUAAUCUGGCGUCAGCACCUGCUUUAAUGGGGAAUGUUGUAUUAUGGAAGCCAUCUGACACGGCAGUUCUCAGUAAUUACGUCAUAUAUGAGUUGCUAGAAGAAGCGGGUAUUCCUCCUGGUGUGAUCGCAUUCCUUCCUUCCCAUGGCCCAGAUUUUGGUGAGAUGAUAACUACGAGCGAACAUUUGAGUGCCAUAAACUUCACGGGCUCAGUUCCUACAUUCAAGACUAUCUGGCGAAGCGUAGCCGCGAAUCUCGACAAGUAUGUGACAUUCCCAAAACUCGUCGGAGAAUGUGGCGGGAAGAAUUUCCAUUUCGUCCAUCCUUCAGCGAAUGCUGACGUUGUAGCUGCAGGCACUGCUCGGUCUGCAUGGGAAUAUGGCGGUCAAAAAUGCUCGGCUUGUUCACGAAUAUAUAUCCCAAAAAGUCGAUGGGAAGAAAUUUUCAAGAAAAUUUCCGACAUUCACAAGCAAAUCAAGCUGGGUGAUGUGCGAGACGGCUCGAUUUUCUUCUCUGCUGUAAUUGACAAGAGAUCUUUUGAUAAUAUCAAGAGCUACAUAGAUUAUGCAAAGAGUGGCGCCGAUGGUGCAGAAAUCCUCCUUGGAGGAAAAUGUGACGACACCAAAGGAUAUUUCAUCGAUCCUACGCUCAUAAAAGUUACUAACGUGAAGAGUAAACUUAUCAGCGAGGAAAUCUUCGGACCUGUUCUUGCCGCAUAUGUGUACGACGAUCUUGAAGUCGAGAAACUUCUGAGUUCUGUAAAGGAUCAUACUCCUUUCGGACUUACUGGUGCUGUCUUUUCUGAGGAUAAGGACUUUUUAUACCAUGCACGCGACAUCUUACGUGAUGCGGUGGGAAAUAUGUACUUGAACGAUAAAUCCACGGGUUCCGUUGUAGGACAACAACCAUUUGGAGGAGCUCGCAUGUCAGGCACUAAUGACAAGGCUGGAGGUCCUCAUUAUGGCCUCAGAUGGACGUCUCCGCUCACCAUCAAAGAAACUAGUGUGCCUCUCACUGAGUGGCGUUAUCCGUCAAUGGAUUAG